AUGGCUUCCACUUCCACACUUGUUCUUCAAUUUCUCUCUUCUUCAACAAAUCUCCACAACACAAUCCCAAAAGCCUCUACCUUCUUCAAUGUACACAAUAACACUCAUCGAACAAUAACAAAAUGUUCAUCAAAACCAGAGCCAAAAGAUAAUCCUUUCCAAGAUCUCACACCAGCACCUGAAUCAAUCAACACAACAAGCGCAGAGAAAUUCCCAAUAGAGAAACGAAGAAGAUCAGAGAUCAUAAGAGACAGAAAACAGAGAGGAAUAGUGAAACCAGAGCCACCAAAUUUCGAGAUUGGUUGGAAAAGAACAAAAGAGAUUAACUUGGAGAAACCAAAAGGGUAUGUAAUAAUGGAUUUUUUAGAGAAGCUUGAAGGUUUAAUGGCGAGAGAGUUUGGUUCUAAGGAGCUUUUGGUUAAAGCUGGUGAGAUAGUUGCAGAGAGAGCUAGAGAAGAAGCAGAGGUUUUGAGAGAUGAAGGUAAAGUUGAAGAGAGAUUGGUUACCGAGCUUUUUAGGGUUUUGAGAUUGAUGGAGAUGGAUUUAGCUAUGGUUAAAGCUUCUGUAAAAGAUGAAACUUUGAGUGAAAGGAUUGAACAAGCUAGAGCUAGAUGUAGACAAGCUAUUCUUGUUGCUAAUUCUUUCUGA